AUGCACGUUUGUAUUGACGGUCGAAGAAGCACACCGGCGGUAUUGAGCGACUUCUUGGCUUCGGCUGUUUUCGUAUGUGUUCUUUCUGUGUUAUGUAAUCCAGUCAACGUUCACGCAAAUCCAUUUGCAGAAGCGCUGUGGAUAGUACCCGAGGACUCUAGCAUUGAUCUACAGUGUAAGGCGGACCUGGUCAGGAAAUAUCAACCUCUUAUUACAACAAGAUGGUUUAAAGACAGUGUUCCGGUCAAUCCUUCGGCUCGAAUUCAGGUAGAGAAUCUCGGAACUCUACGGAUCUCCCAGCCCACAGCUACCGAUCAUGGUCUCUACAUCUGUCAGAUCAGUCAUUGGGAUGUAGUGGUCACAUCUAAUGAGAUACGGUUACACUCAGGGCCUCCAGAGGGCCCACUUGGCGAAAACGAUUCCUUGAUGGCUGUGAAUAAUGCCAUAAUGGGUCUUCCUAAUGUCUGGGCAGUGUCUGUAGUUGGGAGUACAUGCAUCACUUCAAUCUGGUUCUUGGUGGUCCUCAUGCUACGAGUGAGAAGGUCCGAGUGCUGCAGUAAGAAGAAGGCGGCUUAG